UAAAAACCCCAACAAAAAUUUCUUUCAAAAAAGAAAGCUGGAAAAUGUCGAAGCAAAAUGGUAUUCGGCGAUCGUCGUUUUCGUCAUCUACGACGUCGUCUUUAGCCAAACGACAUGCAUCAUCGUCUGAGAAUGUGGGAAAAGUCGCCUCUUCUUUGGCUAAAAAGAGAGUCCCUCUUACUAACAUCACUAACCAAAAGAAUACCUCAAGAAGCUCGGUUGCGGUUUCUUCUUUGGUACCAGGUUCAAACAAAGUCCCCAAGGCAAGGAAGACACAGCCUGCUAGUAAUGUAGGUUUCUCAGGACAUGUUUUCCCUUCUGCAAAUGUAAGACCCUCUUCAGUUUUGCCUCCGAAGGUUGUCACAUCUUUUCAUAGAGGAAAUGAAGUGGUGUUCCCUCCUCCUAGUAGCUCUGGUAUCCCUCCUCCACCAUGUAGUAUGGAGUUUUCUCCUAGUAAAUCAGAUGGUGUAUCGGUUUCUAUGGAUGAGACAAUGUCUACUUGUGAUUCUUUCAAAAGCCCUGAUGUUGAAUAUAUGGACAACCGUGAUGUUACAGCGAUUGAUUCCAUUGAACGAAAGACGUUCAGCAAUCUCUACAUUUCGGACCAUGUAGAAGCAACAGGAAAUAUCUGCAAUAGAGAUGCAAUAGCAGAGACGGAAAUGGAUGAUAAGAUAAUUGAUGUCGAUGACAAUUACAUGGAUCCACAGCUAUGUGCGACAUUUGCAUGUGAUAUUUACAAGCACCUACGUGCAUCUGAGGUGAAGAAAAGACCUUCCACAGACUUCAUGGAGAGAAUUCAGAAAGACAUAAAUUCCAACAUGCGUGCAAUACUAAUUGAUUGGCUUGUAGAAGUGGCUGAAGAGUAUAGGCUUGUACCCGAUACAUUAUAUUUGACAGUGAACUACAUAGAUCGGUAUCUUUCGGGGAAUAUGAUGAAUAGGCAACGGCUACAGUUGCUUGGUGUUGCCUGCAUGAUGAUUGCUGGAAAAUAUGAGGAGGUUUGCGCACCUCAGGUGGAGGAGUUUUGCUACAUCACUGAUAAUACAUAUUUGAAGGAGGAGGUUCUAGAAAUGGAAUCUUCUGUCUUGAAUUACUUGAAAUUUGAAAUGACUGCCCCCACAGCUAAAUGUUUCUUAAGACGGUUUGUUCGUGCUGCUCAAGGGAUCAAUGAGGUUCCAUCAAUGCAAUUAGAGUGCAUGGCCAACUACAUCGCUGAACUAUCUCUACUCGAGUACAGUAUGCUUUGUUAUGCUCCAUCACUUAUUGCAGCUUCCGCGAUUUUCCUGGCCAAAUUCGUUCUUCUUCCAUCGAAGAGACCUUGGAAUUCUACCUUGCAACAUUACAUACAUUACAAGCCCUCUGAUCUGUGUGACUGUGUUAAGGAUCUUCAUAGAUUAUGCUGUAACAACAACAAUUCUACUUUACCUGCAAUCAGGGAGAAAUACAAUCAGCACAAGUACAAAAGUGUUGCAAAGAAGUACUGCCCCCCUUCAAUACCUUCAGAAUUCUUCCACAACUGAUCGCAUUCGAUAUCAACGAAACUGUUCCAAUACUUUGUUGGAUUAACUGUUCCAUAACUGUCAUGAGUUGAGGAGUUCACCCUGUAUCACUUUCAUUUAGAUCAGAUACCCAAAUUAGGAUCCUCCAUUGUGAAAAACCUUAAUUUUAGUUUGGUGUAAUCAAUGUGGUGUUCAUUUCGUUGUCCAUGUGGCCAAAUUUUGCUCCAUGUAAUUUUUUUUUUAGUUUACCCCUUUUUAAUUGUAUUUAUUUUCCUUUUAUUUGUGUAUAUUUAUUUAUUUAUUUUCUUCCCCCUCCUAACUAAAUCUCUCAUAUCGAAACAAAUAUA